UUUUCCAUUUCCUGUUUUCUUCUGAUUGGCCAAUUUCACUCUAUACGUAGCAGUUACCCGUUUUGUAACACGUCCAACGUGCAGGUUACAAAACGGAGAUUUGUUCAUUACACAAAGCUGCAUCAUAUCGGUGGAUAUAGACAGUGGUGCAGGCUACCAGCAAUGGCUCACGUGUGCAUCCAUUGGUUCCGUAAGGGACUCAGGUUACAUGACAACCCAGCACUUAUUGCUGCCCUGAAAGACUGUAAGGAGCUGUAUCCUGUGUUUAUCAUGGACCCAAAUCUUCACAGCAGUGAGGUGGGCAUCAGCCGCUGGAGGUUUCUCAUUGGAGCACUCAAAGACCUGGACUCCAGCCUGAGGAAGCUCAACUCCAGACUGUUUGUUCUGAGGGGGAAACCAGAGGAAGUGUUCCCAAAGUUGUUCAGCAAGUGGAAGGUAACAAAGCUGACAUAUGAGUAUGACACAGAGCCGUACAGUCUGAGCCGUGAUGAGAAAGUGACCAGUCUGGCUAAAGAAACGGGAAUUGAUGUCAUCUACAAAAUCUCUCAUACUCUCUACAAUAUAGAGAGGAUAAUUGAAGAAAAUGAUGGGAAACCUCCUCUUACAUACAAACGCCUGCAAGCAAUAGUUGCAAAACUUGGUCCACCCGAGAAACCAAUCCCUGCUCCAACCUUGGAUGAUAUGAAAGACGUUAAGACCCCAUGCUCAGAGAAAGAUGAGAAGAAAUAUGGGAUUCCGACACUAGAGGAGUUUGGUCUGGACUCAACGUCUCUUGGAGAGGAGCUGUUUCCAGGAGGAGAACAGGAAGCUCUGAGGAGACUAGAUGAACACAUGAAAAAAACGGGAUGGGUGUGCAGCUUUGAAAAGCCGCAGACCUCUCCAAACUCCCUGAAUCCCAGCACCACGGUCCUGAGUCCAUACGUCACCUUCGGGUGUCUUUCAGCGAGAACAUUCUGGUGGAGGCUCACUGAGGUGUAUCGGGGGAAAAAGCAUUCAGAUCCUCCAGUGUCUCUUCAUGGUCAGCUUCUAUGGAGAGAGUUUUUCUACACCUGCAGUCUGGGAAUUCCUAAUUUUAACAAGAUGAAGGGCAACACGGUGUGCACACAAGUCGAUUGGGACACAAACCAAGACUAUCUAGCAGCAUGGAGAGAGGCCAGGACUGGAUUCCCCUUCAUUGAUGCAAUUAUGACUCAACUGAGGCAGGAGGGCUGGAUUCACCACCUGGCCCGACAUGCUGUUGCCUGUUUCCUGACAAGGGGAGACCUGUGGAUCAGCUGGGAAGAAGGACAGAAGGUUUUUGAGGAGCUCCUGCUGGAUGGUGAUUGGGCUCUGAAUGCAGGAAACUGGCAGUGGCUGUCUGCAAGUGCCUUUUUUCACCAGUUUUUUAGAGUUUAUUCCCCCAUCGCUUUUGGUAAAAAGACGGAUAAAAAUGGAGAUUACAUUAAGAAGUAUCUUCCCCUUCUGAAGAAGUUUCCACCUCAGUACAUUUAUGAGCCUUGGAAAGCUCCCCGCAGUGUCCAGCAAGCUGCAGGAUGCAUUGUGGGCAAAGACUACCCCCAUCCCAUUGUGCAGCACGAACAAGUCAGCAAGAAAAACGUUCAGAGGAUGAAGGAGGCCUAUGCUAGGAGGUCUACGGCUAGCAGUGAGUCACCUAUCAAAAAACAAGGUGAGAAGAGAAAGAGUUUGUCAGUCGUUGACAUGCUUCAGAAGAAAGCCAGAAAAGAGUAAUGGGAUA